CCUUCCUUCUCCUGUAGCUGUUACUCCUGCCUCUCCCCACCUGCUCCCCGCACCCAUCCCUCGGUGCUGUCCCCGACAGCGCCAGGCUCGCUCAGCAGCCCCCCUGCAUCUCAGGGCCCCCUCUUCGCCGCCCCCAGCGCCAUGGCGUGCAGCCUCAAGGACGAGCUGCUCUGCUCCAUCUGCCUGAGCAUCUACCAGGACCCGGUGAGCCUGGGCUGCGAGCACUACUUCUGCCGCCGCUGCAUCACCGAGCACUGGGUGAGGCAGGAGGCGCAGGGCGCCCGCGACUGCCCCGAGUGCCGGCGCACGUUCGCCGAGCCCGCGCUCGCGCCCAGCCUCAAGCUGGCCAACAUCGUGGAGCGCUACAGCGCCUUCCCGCUGGACGCCAUCCUCAACGCGCGCCGCGCCGCGCGACCCUGCCAGGCGCACGACAAGGUCAAGCUCUUCUGUCUCACGGACCGCGCGCUGCUCUGCUUCUUCUGCGACGAGCCCGCGCUGCACGAGCAGCACCAGGUCACCGGCAUCGACGACGCCUUCGAGGAGUUGCAGAGGGAGCUGAAGGAGCAGCUUCAGGCCCUUCAGGACAGCGAACGGGAGCACACGGAGGCGCUGCAGCUGCUCAAGCGACAGUUGGCCGAGACCAAGUCUUCCACCAAAAGCCUGCGGACCACCAUCGGCGAGGCCUUCGAGCGGCUGCACCGGCUACUGCGCGAGCGGCAGAAGGCCAUGCUGGAGGAGCUAGAGGCGGACACGGCCCGCACGCUAACCGACAUUGAGCAGAAAGUCCAGCGUUACAGCCAGCAGCUGCGCAAGGUGCAGGAGGGGGCCCAGAUCCUGCAGGAGCGGCUGGCCGAAACCGACCGGCACACCUUCCUGGCCGGGGUGGCCUCGCUGUCCGAGCGGCUUAAAGGGAAAAUCCACGAGACCAAUCUGACUUACGAAGACUUCCCGACCUCCAAGUACACAGGCCCCCUGCAGUACACCAUCUGGAAGUCUUUGUUCCAGGACAUUCACCCAGUGCCCGCUGCCCUGACACUGGACCCGGGCACUGCCCACCAGCGCCUGAUCCUGUCCGACGACUGCACCAUCGUGGCCUAUGGCAACCUGCACCCACAGCCGCUGCAGGACUCGCCAAAGCGCUUCGACGUGGAGGUGUCGGUGCUGGGCUCUGAGGCCUUCAGCAGCGGCGUCCACUACUGGGAAGUGGUAGUGGCGGAGAAGACCCAGUGGGUGAUCGGGCUGGCCCACGAGGCGGCCAGCCGCAAGGGCAGCAUCCAGAUCCAGCCCAGCCGUGGCUUCUACUGCAUCGUCAUGCACGACGGCAACCAGUACAGCGCCUGCACAGAGCCCUGGACGCGGCUCAACGUCCGCGACAAGCUCGACAAGGUGGGCGUGUUCCUGGACUACGACCAAGGCCUGCUCAUCUUCUACAACGCCGACGACAUGUCCUGGCUCUACACGUUCCGCGAGAAGUUCCCGGGCAAGCUCUGCUCCUACUUCAGCCCCGGGCAGAGCCACGCCAAUGGCAAGAAUGUGCAGCCGUUGAGGAUCAACACUGUCCGCAUCUAGGACGGCGCAGGGAGCCCACAGGGACCGCCUGGGCCAUGGCCACCAGCAAGGGCUCUGCCCAGGGGGCAGAGGGCUGGACUCCGGUCCAGUGCAGCCCCUCUACCCCACCCCAUGAGGUCUCAGGCCGGUUGUUUACCCUUCAGCUUCCGUUUCCCUGUCUGUGUAUUGGCAGUCGUGCUCCAUGGUUCCUAAACUCGAUCAGCAUCGAUGUCCUGUAGUUCUGACCUUGACGGGGAGGCGGCUUUGGUCCCAGGAUGUGACAUGGCUUCUCCUCAGGGCAGCCCCUGCCCAGCCCUCAUCCCCAUCCUCGCAGGGGCAGGGGGACCUUCCCCCUGUCUCCCUGCUGUCCACAUGCCCUGACCUCAGGAUGUGUCAAGAGGGUUGCCUGCAGUCGGCAGCCUGAAAGAUACAUAAAACCCUCUUCUUGCCCAGCACCCUGCCAUGGCCAUUUUACCCUUGACUCCAGCCCACCAUGGACAUAGGCAGCAGCUGGUCCUAGGGUUCCUCAGAACCACCUCUCCUUCUACCUCUGGACCAAGAGCUUUAUGGUUCCUGUUUUUCCCACUGACCUGCAGGUAGAGAUGAUACUGUGGGAGGCACCCGGUCACUGAACCCACGUGUUGCAGUGACUGUGCCACCACCUUCCAGCCCACGGGUCCAAAAGCAGGAUGAUGGCACGCCAGGCUGAUGCAGAGCCCGGUAGCCUAAAGGCAGCCGCGGGACAAGCAUCACUGGGUGAUGGAGGUCCCCAGAGGCUUGCCUAAGGGUCCAAGCAGGCCUCUGUGACCAGGCUUAGGGUGAGGGGAGGCUGCAGGGAGCAGUUGUCUCAGCCGAGCACUGGGACAGGCUGUUGGCUGGGACUUCCCAGCAGGCUUGGCAUCUGUCUCAGCUAGGAUCCUGUUGCAGAAAACAAGAGCUGCUUUAGCUAGUUUAAUUUGACAGCAUUUAUUAUCACGUCCCUGAUUUGCAAAAUCAUUGGAAGGGCUGGAGGAGCAGACUCACUGCUGAAUUUCCAGGAACGACCCAGCCACCGGAUUCAUCAUGUCUAUAUCCCGAUCAGAAGCGCUGCUCCCACCUGCAGGAAGCCAGUAUGUCAGGAAGCUACUGCGACCGCAGGACUGUGUCCCCUCCGCCACUGGCCGGGCCAGCAAAUGGGUGUCCUGAGGCCUGCCUCUCUCCCACUCAGUUUAACUCCCAAAUCCAAAUCUCCAUGAGGGAUACUGUUAGGGAAACAUAAAUCAGAUCCAGAACUUUGGCUGCAAUGGUGUCUGGGAAAUGUAGUUUUCUUCUUUCCAACCACAGACCUGCAAAAAGGCCCAGAAGGAAGUUUGGGUGUCGAACAAGCCCAUCCACAGUUUCUGUCACUGGAGUUCACCUCCAGAUCUUGGCUUUGAAGCAGCAGAGCCUCUAGGUGUCCUGCUCAUGGCCCUGGCCCUGCCCAAGGACAAGAACCCAAGAGGUGAAUCUAUCUGCAGGACUGGCUGAAUGUCUCAAGCCUUGGCUUCACUCUCUAGUCCUGGAGCCUAGAUUCUGAGCUCGUGGGGUCCCUGACCACCCGCAUCCUCAAGGAGCCAGACUAGCUGAACUUGGGGGAUCCCACCCACCUCGCAACUGCUGCCCACUGGGGUCCCCCUUGGACAGGAGGAAUCCUCAAUCUCACCUCACCCCUUCAUCCUCCAGAAGCUGGGCCACCCCCAGCAGUAUUUUUAUUUUAAAUGUUGCCCAUUUUGUGAGUUAUGAUGAAUUUGUAUUAAAGUUACAGAACAUCA